CUCUCCUCCCUUCCCCUUCAAAUGACAGAAUUCCGCAACCCAAUCCCAUUGCCACACAUCCCCGAUGACCUCACCAUACCCCAGUUCAUGCUUCGUGAGAUCACUGGUCGGCCACGACGACCCAGAAACGUCCCUUUCUUCAUCGAGGAUGCUACCGGUCGUGCCAUAGGAUACGAAGAGGCUCAUCACCGAACCUACUCGAUCGCCAAUGCUCUGAGUCUAAAGUGGAAGAUAGGUCGAGGGGACGUCGUAUGUGUGUUUAGUCCAAAUCAUAUCGACUAUGCUCCUGUUGUGUGGGCCGUCCACGUUCUUGGAGGAAUCGUCACUCCGUCCAACCCCAGUUACACAGUAGAGGAACUCAAGUAUCAGCUGGACGCCACAAAGGCGAAACUGAUUGUUGCGCAUCCUCUGUGUUUCAGUACUGCGUUAUCAGCGGCUGAUGCAACCCACCUCUCCGGGACUAACUCGAUCGUUCUGUUCGAUCCCUUGCCUGGUGAAUCACUUCCGACUUUGAAUGAACUCGUCGAAUUCGGCGCGAGGCGUCCAGAGAAUUACUGUGCUGUCCGUUUUAAACCCGGAGAAGCACGCUCUACAGUUGCCCUGCUGUCCUUUUCCAGUGGUACGACAGGUAAACCAAAGGCUGUCGCUAUCAGUCACUAUUCUGUCAUAGCAAAUGUGAUACAAAUGGCCACUCAUUACAACGUCAACGACCCCAACAAUCCGUCCAAAACUCUCAGCCCCGGUGAUGUAGCCAUCGCAGUUCUGCCUUUCUUCCAUAUCUACGGACUCGUAGUAACGAUGCACUUUUUAUUGUUUGCUUCGCUUACGCUUGUCGUCGUACCGAAGUUCAAUCUGGACGAUUACCUUCGAAGUAUUGUUCAACACAGUGUGACCCACCUGUUCGUCGUACCUCCGCAGGUGGUGCUUCUCUGCAAGCACCCAGAGGUCAGGAAGUACGACCUUAGCCGUGUUAAAUUCUGCUUUUCUGGAGCGGCGCCGUUGGGAGGCGAGCUGAUGCAACAGCUAACCAAGAUCUUGCCGAAUGCAGUCAUCGGACAAGGCUAUGGGCUGACGGAGACCUGCACCACCAUUUCUAUGGUGCCUCCCAAUGUCAAAUUGGGCCGCAUCGGAAGUGCCGGCCAGAUACUCCCCGGAAUUACAGCCAGGGUUGUGAAGGAGGAUGGAAGUCUGGCAAGUGAGGGUGAAGUGGGAGAGUUGGUCGUCACCGGCCCUUCAAUGUCUCUGGGCUACUUGAACAACCCGAAAGCUACUGCUGAAACGUAUGUGGAUGGAUGGGUUCGCACUGGAGAUGAAGUUGUCAUCAAAGACAAUGAGGUCUACGUUGAAAUUAUGAAAGUUCGUGGUUUCCAAGUGGCGCCUGCAGAACUGGAAGCACAUUUGUUGUUGCACCCCGACGUCGCUGAUGCUUGCGUCGUUCCUAAAGCUGAUGAGUAUAGUGGGGAGGUUCCGUUAGCUUACGUAGUCCUUUCAAGACCAGCGACCGAACGGAUAGGCAACAAUCCGCGGAAGGCGGAGGAUCUUAAGAAAGCCAUCGCAAAGCACGUCGCCGAUGUAAAGGUCCCAUAUAAGCGCCUUGCAGGAGGGGUUGAGUUUAUCGACGCCAUUCCUAAGAACCCUUCGGGAAAGAUUCUGCGCCGGAUUUUGAGAGAGAAGGCGAAGACUCUGCCUAGCAAGAGGGCCCUUUUAUCUAGACUCUAA